GAAGCGGCGCAGCAAUGGCGGCGGUGGCGGCGCCGCGGGCCCCUCCGGCCGCGCCGCUGCUCGAGGCGCUCUCGGCGCUCUCGGCGCUGCCCCCGCACCGCGGGGCCCUCCCGGGCAUCGUGCGGGGCCUUCGCGACAGCGCCGGGACCCAGGCCGCUCUCGGGGGUCUCCUCGGUGUCACCAACGCCCGCCUGGGCUCCAUGAAGACGCGCUUCGAGGGGCUGUGCCUGCUGUCGCUAUUGGUCAGCGAGAGCCCCAGCGAGGCCUUCCAGCAGCACUGCCUGGGCUGGCUCCGCCUCCUGCAGCACCUGCUCCAGUCGCAGGACCCCCCUCCCACGGUGGCCCUGGGGGUCUCGGUGCUGCGGGAGCUGCUCCGUUUCUCGGCUCAGCUGCCGGAGCUGGCGCGGGACAUCGGCACCAACCACAUCCCGGGGAUCCUCACCUCCCUGCUGGCCCUGCGGCCCGAGUGCGAGCUCUCCACGCUGGAGGGGAUCAAAUCCUGCCUGAGCUUCUACCCCGGUGCCUGCGGCUCCAUGCGGGGCAAGCUGGCCGCGCAUUUCCUGUCCCGCAUUGACAGCGACAGCCCCCGGCUGCAGCAGCUGGCGUGUGAGUGCUACGCGCUGCUGCCGGCGCUGGGCCGCGGUUUCUCGCAGGGCCUGCGGCACACGGAGUGCUGGCAGCAGCAGCUGCAGGGGGUGCUGGCGACGCUGCACGGCCUGCUGGGGGCGCUCUUCGAGGGCUGCGAGACCGACCCGCUGCCCUACGAGGGCCCCGGGGUGGAGCUGCUGCUGCCCCCGCCCCAGGACGACGCCGGGGGGAUCCUGACCCUGCACUCGAGGUUCUCGGGGCUCUGCCGCGUCCUCAGGCUGCUCCUCAGGUACCAAAAUCCCCCAAAUUCACCCCAAAAUCACCAAAACCCCAAAAUCCUGAAAUCCCCAUCAAAAUCCACCCAAAAAUGCCCAAAAUCUCCCAAAAAUCACCUCAAAAUUCACCUUGGAGUGUCCUGA